GGAAGUUUACAAACCAAAAAUGAAAAGGGAUGAUGCCAACCCAUUUUUUUAUGAACAUUUUAGACCAGUUUUGCCAUUCAAACGUCUUUAACUCCACUCUUCUAAAAGCUUACUGUAUUGCUCUAUUUUGUUAGGUGAACCGCGUUUGUUUGCUUUAGUUUGUUUUAUGAGACAAGGUGUCUUUAUAUCUGGUUCACUCACAAUCCACCUGCCUCAUCUUCUGGAGUUCUGGGAACAUCGGUGUGUCCCCACGCCUGGAAAGAUGCAGUUGUUUUAAAACAAAGGCUAAGAAUCUAGAAUGGCCUUGCCUGCUUGCGCGAGACAAGUUACCUCACUCCUUCGAGUCGCCUUCUGCAUGUUAAAGGAAGGCAAUGCUCAGAUUAUGAUCUUCUGGAAAUUAAGCAAGGCAACAACCUACGUGAAACAUCUUUAACGCACCAGGUGUCGACAGGUGCUAGCAACAAUUAUUGCAAGAAGGGAUUAAGAGCAUUUAGGUAGGAGAUCACAGCAAUGAGGCCAGAUUCUUAGUCUUUUUGAACCGCAGGCCAAGAUGCUUUAUUGACUCCACUCUAAGGUUGUCCACAGGGAAGGUGGUCAGGAAGAGCGGAAUGCCCUUCAGCGACAUCCUCGAUUGUUCUCGUUUUUAGUCUCUGCAACACGGCUACGGAAAGUACAAUAAAAAUGCAAAAUUCCCCAGCACGAGUUUGGAAGUGAAAAAAAAAAAAAAGGAAUAUAAAAGGAAACACUCAACCUCCUCAAGAAACGCACAGCUCACUGCCCCGCCUUGGUGUUUAUAUUUUUCUCCUUGGCCCCGCCCCCGGGCCACGAGAGCGGCCAGGCCACGCCCCCACGCCGAAGUUCCAGGGCCGGACUCGCCGAAAUCUUCAGCCUGCCUGCAGGGAUUCCCUCACCAGCCAAUCGCGUCUGAGCCACGGGGCCGCCAGGAACAAAGAUGGCCGGGGCGGCUUCGGCGAGGGCAGCCUGAUCCGAACGCCAGGCACCCGGCGGGACGGCAAAGGCAGAGUGGCAGCCGCGCGGUCGGGAGCAUGGAGGAGGGCAGCAGCGGCGGCGGCAGCAGCGGUGGCAGCGACAGCAACACCAGCGGGAGUGGCGGGGCGCACCAGAGAGAGCUGGAACGCAUGGCUGAAGUCCUGGUGACCGGGGAGCAGCUCCGGCUGAGGCUCCAUGAAGAAAAGGUUAUUAAAGAUAGACGGCAUCAUCUCAAAACCUACCCGAACUGCUUUGUCGCAAAAGAACUCAUUGACUGGUUGAUUGAACACAAGGAGGCCUCUGACCGAGAGACGGCAAUAAAACUCAUGCAGAAACUAGCCGACCGGGGCAUCAUUCAUCAUGUGUGUGAUGAGCACAAGGAAUUCAAGGAUGUAAAACUCUUCUACCGCUUCAGAAAGGAUGACGGUACCUUCCCGCUGGACAACGAAGUGAAGGCCUUCAUGAGAGGACAGAGGCUGUAUGAAAAACUGAUGAGUCCGGAAACCACACUCCUCCAGCCCAGGGAAGAGGAAGGGGUGAAGUAUGAGAGAACUUUCAUGGCUUCUGAAUUCCUAGACUGGUUGGUUCAGGAAGGAGAGGCCACAACCAGGAAAGAGGGAGAGCAGCUGUGCCACCGGCUUAUGGAACAUGGCAUCAUACAGCAUGUCUCCAACAAGCACCCAUUUGUGGACAGCAAUCUCCUCUACCAAUUCAGAAUGAACUUCCGCCGGAGGCGAAGACUGAUGGAGCUGCUCAGUGAAAAGUCCCCGUCCUCCCAGGAGACACAUGACAGUCCCUUCUGCCUGAGGAAGCAGAGCCAUGACAAUCGGAAAUCUACCAGCUUUAUGUCAGUCAGCCCCAGCAAAGAGAUCAAGAUCGUGUCUGCCGUGCGCAGGAGCAGCAUGAGCAGCUGCGGCAGCAGCGGCUACUUCAGCAGCAGCCCAACGCUCAGCAGCAGCCCCCCUGUGCUCUGCAACCCCAAAUCCGUGCUGAAGAGACCCGUCACUUCUGAGGAACUCUUGACUCCUGGAGCUCCGUAUGCAAGGAAGACAUUCACGAUUGUCGGCGAUGCGGUUGGCUGGGGCUUUGUGGUGCGAGGAAGUAAGCCAUGCCACAUCCAGGCUGUGGACCCCAGUGGACCUGCAGCGGCAGCAGGGAUGAAGGUCUGUCAGUUUGUCGUCUCUGUCAACGGGCUCAACGUGCUGAAUGUAGACUACCGCACCGUGAGCAACCUGAUCCUGACAGGCCCAAGGACAAUCGUCAUGGAAGUCAUGGAGGAGUUAGACUGCUGAGCCACGAGACGUCCCCGCUGGUGCCCCAUCCCAGAACAGCCCAGCAAUGACAUGACAAGACUGCCAGACAAAUGGACCAUUGGGACAUACCGAUCUUCUCUCUGUCCGUACACACCUUGACGAUCAUACAGUGUUUGAAUGUGGAAGAACCGGGUAACACGUCUUUAAAAAGAAACAAAGCACAGCAGGGGUGUGGUGGCCCAAGUCUAUAAUCCCAGCACUCAGGAGGCCGAGGC